CCGGAGUCAAACGACGUCGUGCACGAUAGAACUAGUCAUUACCAGUCUUCACCUCUUCCAUUUUCAACAGAAACCCUAGAGCUCGAAUUUUCUCCGAUCUAAUUUUGAAGAGUUACAAAUGGCGAUGGCUGCUUUGAGACGCGAGGGCAGGCGGAUCGCCGCCCCUAUCAUUUCUCCCCGCCCUAUCAAUCCCCUCCGCUCGUCUAUCGUUCCUUCGGAGGAUCAAUCUUUCUUGGGAGUUCGAUUUGUGUCAACUCAAAUUGUCCGCAAUCGUAUGAAGAGUGUCAAAAAUAUUCAAAAAAUCACAAAGGCUAUGAAGAUGGUUGCAGCUUCAAAGCUCCGAGCUAUUCAGUCAAAAACUGAAAACUCACGUGGUCUGUGGCAACCAUUCACUGCUCUUCUUGGUGACCUUCCAAGUGUUGAUGUGAAGAAGACUGUUGUUGUUACAAUUUCCUCCGAUAAAGGUCUGUGUGGUGGUAUCAAUUCUACUUCAGUGAAAGUUAGCAGGGGCCUCAAGAAGUUAAAUUUUGGUCCUGACAAGGAAUGCAAGUAUGUUAUUGUGGGUGAGAAAGCCAAGGCCCAACUUGUUCGAGACUCCAAGAAUGAUAUUGAGCUAGCCCUAACCGAGUUGCAGAAGAAUCCUCUGAACUAUACUCAGGUUGCUGUACUUGCUGAUGACAUCUUAAAGAAUGUAGAAUAUGAUGCACUAAGGAUUGUGUACAAUAAGUUCCAAUCAGUGGUCUCGUUUAUUCCAUCAGUAUCCACUAUUUUAUCUCCUGAGAUUGUUGAGAGAGAAUCUGAAGCUGGGGGUCAACUUGGGUUAUUGGAUUCUUAUGAAGUUGAAGGUGCUGAAACAAAGUCAGAAGUGCUUCAGAAUCUGACAGAGUUCCAAUUCUCAUGUGUUAUGUUCAAUGCUGUCUUAGAAAAUGCUUGCAGUGAGCAGGGAGCUAGAAUGUCUGCAAUGGACAGCUCAAGUAGAAAUGCUGGAGAGAUGCUUGACCGCCUCACCCUCACUUAUAACAGAACUCGUCAAGCGACUAUCACUACAGAAUUGAUAGAGAUUAUAUCUGGAGCAUCAGCAUUGGAGGGAUAAUUGCUUCUCUAGUGAGACGUUGACGAAAUAAUAUUUCUUGUUUGGCACUUUUGGCGAUACCUCCGCGAUACCUCCAUUUGAGGUUUUUCGGGUACUUAAAUAACCCCCUGGCUACCUUCAUGCAAGGGAUACUGGUUUGUGCUUGACAGUGAGAUCUAUUUGUAAUCUAAUGGUCUUGAAAAGUGUUACUGAAUUUCGACGAUCUCCGCUGAGUACCAGUUAAAUUUUAUGGAACGAGCUCUUAUUUCUUUCAA